CUUUUUACUUAUCCCGUUUUCCCUCGAGAAGGUGAGUUGCAAUUCAGCAGAGAGAAACACGGCUGUGAUGCUGAUCUGAUUUGUUCUAGGUCAUGUUCUUUGGCUUCCUAACCUGCCUCGACUCAUUCCUUUACUCCUUCACCGUUCUCCCUCUACGAUUUCUCGUCGUCCUAGCUACCCAGCUGCGCUUCUUUCUACGCCGGAAACGCGGCUCGCUGCCUAUUUCCCAGAAAAUCGACCUGAUCAAAUCAGUCGUCCUGCUCAUGACCGUCUACCUACUCUCCUCUCUCAACGCCAGCAUUCUCUAUCACAACAUCCGCGGCCAGUCGGCUGUGAAGCUGUAUGUGAUGUUUAACGUUCUUGAGAUUGGCGAUAAGCUGUUUUGCAGUUUCGGACAGGACGUGCUUGCUGUUCUGUUAUCGAGCAGGACACUUAACGGCGCGAUUUGGAAAAUGUACUUGUUUGGCACGAUUGCAGUUUGCUACAAUUUACUCCAUUCGGCCGCGCUGUUCUGCCAGAUGAUUACGCUCAACGUCGCGGUAAACUCGUACUCGAACGCACUGCUCACGCUGCUACUCUCCAACCAAUUCGGCGAGAUCAAGUCAACCGUGUUCAAGAAAUUCGAGCGCGAAAACUUGUUCCAGCUCACGUGCGCCGAUAUCGCAGAGCGGUUCCAGCUGUGGACGAUGUUGCUCAUGAUUGGUCUGCGCAAUAUUGUCGAAGUCUCGGGCUCGACCGGGGGUGUGAUUCCGCAGUCGUGGAAAGGGUGGAACACGUUCAUGGGGGCGCUGUUUGGACCUGCUGUUGUGGUGCUCGGGUCUGAGAUUGCGGUCGACUGGCUGAAGCACUCGUACAUUGCCAAAUUCAACAAACUGCGGCCAAAAGUAUACUCGCGCUUCCUCACUGUGUUUUGCGUCGACCAGGUUAACAACGCCGACUUGAAAAACACAAAUAAAACGUGGGGCCGCAAGGAGAUGAACGUCACCCGUCGCAUUGGCGUGCCUAUCCUACCGCUCACCUGCGUGUUCAUCAAGAGUACCGUGCAAGUAAUGCAACUCGUGGCAUCCACACGCCCGCUCAGUCUACCGACGCGCACGACAACACACUCACCCUCCGUCAUGGGCGGCGAGGCAAACAACACCGCGGCAUCAAUGCUCCCCGGCUCGCUCCUCGACAUGGUUUCAAAAUCCGUCGGGAGCACGAUCGAGAUCGGCGCGUACACCGGUAUGCUUCUCCUCUUAUUCUCCGCGCUCGUGUUUGUCAAGCUCGUCCUCGGCGCCGUGCUGCUCGAGUACAGCAAACGCCGCCUCGAGAAACAGCAAAGUAAAACCCCGACGACGCAACUCUCGUCCGACACAGACCCGUUCUCCGACGAACGCGUCUCAGGCGAACGCAAGGGCGGCGUAUGGGGUCUCGUCGACCUAAGCGACGGGCUGCGCGAACUCGUGAGCGAGCACGACGAAGACGAUAGUGUACCGAGUACGCCGAUAUCGCCUGUGUCAGCGGUGCCGUCGGCCGCGUCGUCGAUUUAUGAAGGGCAUACUACGAAUCAGAAGAAGCAUGUGAGUUUGCAGGAAGUCGAGAGGUUUCAGAUGGUGGCGAAGAGGAUUUGGUAGGGAGACAUGAAAAUGAUGUGAGGCGUUUAUUCGUUUUGAGUAGUCGGUUUAAUAGUUUGGCGUUUGUAUGAUUUCUCUACUUUGUGUUAAUACA